CACAGACACAAACUACGAAAGAAACCGACAAGAGGGAAAACAUCGGUUUUCCAUAAUGGAGGGUCUUGUCCCCCUUGCCUCCGCCCCCGCAAGGAACUUCCCCCUUGACGUGCACAAUGACUACUCUGAGACCCCUGUCCGCUUCAACUGCCAAGCCUGUGUGCGCAAGAAGAUCAAGUGCAACCGCGCGGUGCCCAAAUGUGCCGGCUGCAUCAAGUCCAAGCUCGACUGUGUUUAUCUGCCACGGCCGCCACGGCGCAAGAGGAAGCGAAGCCGGGGCGAGGAAGAUGCACAGGAACGAUUGGCACGUUACGAGCGUAUCUUGCACGACCACAAUCUCCUUCCAACAGCCGCUCCCUCGAUCACUAGCGGCAGAGACUCAGAGACCUCAGCAAUCAGCAUACAGACUCCGACUCCAGGGCCAGCGAAUUCGCAGGCUGACGCCACAGCAGAUAAACUGCGUCCCACUAAUGGCAAUUCUCGCUAUAUUGACAAUGUUCUGCUCCUUGACGCUGGAGAGGGUGACCUAUGUGAGCUAUCUGAGUCUGAGCAAGAACACCAUUACAAAGAUGAGCCUGGACCCGACAAAGCCUCUCCAACCAGUCUUCUCGGUGCCCUCGCCGCGCAUUCAAUCUCGGACGCAAUCCUCGGAGGCACGAUAGGCCUCGCCGACCUUCACCCUAGCUACGAGCAUGCGGCCAAGCUCUGGCAUACCUACGUGGAGAACGUCGAGCCUCUUUGCAAGGUCCUUCAUGUUCCGACUAUUGCCAGAAUGGUCGAUACUGUCUCCAAGCACCCAGCGAUCGCCUCUAAGAACGAUGAAUGCGUGCUGUUUAUCAUCUAUUAUUUCGCCGUAUUCUCAAUGUCGGACGACGAGUGUUCACGUGAACUCGAUAAUUCAAGGACCUACUUGAUGUCUAGAUACCGGACCGCACUUAUCCAGGCAUUAGUAAAUGCGUCUUGGCUCAAAACAACCGCGAUGCCGGUUUUACAGGCUUAUACACUCUUCCUUAUCGCGUUGCGUACCCAGAUCGAAGCCCAUACAUUUUGGAUUUUGACUGGGAUUGCAAUUCGCCUAGCCCAACGCAUAGGACUACACCGGGAUGGAGAAAGUCUCGGGUUACCCCCGUUUGAGGUUCAGAUGCGCCGGCGGCUCUUUUGGCAACUACUACCCCUGGACAGCUACGCGGGUCAAACAUCCGGCACGGGUAUAUCCCUCUCACCUGACAGCUGGGAUACUAAACAACCGUUGAACAUCAACGAUGACCAGAUCUUCCCUGGAAUGACUGAGCCGCCUCGUGACCGACGAGGCGCAUCGGAGAUGAUCUUUUGCUUGUCCCGGAUGGAGAUAUCAAAUUUCUACACUCGAACGGGGGUCAAGCUGAAAGAAAAUAUGGGUACAAUCCAGUUCCGGGAUCCCGAGGAUAUUGAGCGGCUAAUCGACGAGGUGGAAGACCUCAUUGAGACAAGGUUUUUACGGUACUGUGAUAUCAUGAAUCCUUUACACUUUCUGACCACCGGUAUUAUGCGAUCAGCCAUCAACGCAAUCCGCUUACGCGCGCGAAUGCCGCUGCUCAAGCAAGAAACUAUUACUGACACCCAGCGGAGAUACCUUUGUACUCUUGCCGAAAAGGUACUCGAUACUAACAAUGUCAUUUAUAACAAUCCCGCAACGCAGAAGUUUCGAUGGCAUAUGCAAGCGUUUUUCUUGUGGGACUCCCUCCUUUGCAUUCUGAGAAGCAUUGCGAAGGUUGGGUUUUAUUCGCCAUCAGAGCUUGAUGCCGCCUGGAAAAGAGUUUCAGAGGUCUACAUGAAUCACGAAGCGCUGCUCCAGGGCCGAAGAACCCUGUACGUAACAAUUGCUAAAGUAACUUUGAAGGCCUGGCUAGUAAAUCCGCCUCGUAAUCCAUCUCCCGAGCCGGCUUUCAUCACCGCGCUUCGCGCUCAACGGGAAUCCAAAGCUAUCGAGCAGCGGGAUUGCAGCCUCUUUUCUGCCGAUCAAGCUACGGAUGGGGCCUUUUCUUUCGAUGAGCUGUUCGACGAAAUGAGCAGGACCGACCCAAGCAGGAGCAACGCCUUCAAUCUCGACUCAUCUUCCGAUUGGCUAUUCUGGGACCAGAUGUAUGGAGGAGCCAAUCUGGGCUGAGAGGAACAAGUCCUUCACGGGUUUUGUUCUCAGCGUGUGACCCUCGGAUUUUGCAGGGAUUUUGGAC